GCCCCGGCGUUGUUUCCGAUCGAUGGAUUCGGUUGCAAGAUUUGGAGCUCCGGUUAUGGAAACCUUCGUUUACCCUCGCUUUUGCAUGGCGCCGAACAAGGAAACAAAUCCGAGACUCCGCGAAACGAUACUGUUGCUCCUCAAAGGUGAAGUCUUUCUGUAUUUUGGUCUCUUCCGCAUCCUGCCUCGCUUAGAAUCGAACCGGCAGUGAAUGCUCGACCUUAUUCGAGCGUUUUUCUCUUUCUGGGUAUGAAUCGUACGACGAAUUGGUGAGUUUGGUUUGCGUAGAAUUGGUUAAUUGUCACGUACGUGAACUGGGUCGGUGAUCUUGCUCGUUACGUGUUAUCUAGAAGCGAUGUUUUUCGCGAGAAUUUUAUUGAUGAAGAAUAGUUGAGUAGCGAUUGCAAUUCGCGCCGGUGCUGUUAAAUUUGGGAAGCGUCUACAUUGGGUUUUACGUGGCUCGUUGUCUUUGCAAUUCGCGCUAGAAAGGACGCGAUUUGUGGGAUUAAUCUUGUGUGAGUCGCAUUGUCGCGUGUCACAUUCGAGGACUUUCUUGUGUCGGAAUCCAUCGCGCGUGAAAACUAAGUGGAGGUGAUUUCGUGAGCUGAAUUUGCCGCAGGAAGUCGGUUGAGAAUGGGAGAACGGGGGCCGAGCCUUGAAGGAUUGAAAAUAGUUGGAGGUUGUAUCACUUUGAGAACUCGAGAUGAGCAUGAAGAUGACAUCUGGCGCAUGCUUUGACGAAGACAGAUGGCAUUCGAAGUGUGGCAUCCUGACUUUCUCUACCUGGAAAGUGAGAUUGGGUCGAGCUUGCCUCCUGUGAGAAGAUAAGCUGAAAUCUGGAAGUUGUUACAUGGAUCAAUUGCCUUCGCCUUUGUCUUCGACAUCCCCCUCCUCCCCCUCCUCCUCCUCCUCCUCCUCCUCUCCACCUAAGGCGCAUUCAUUGUCAAUUGGCUUGGAAAUCUGGAUGAUCUCUGAGCAAAGGAUUCAAGAGAUACUAUCUGCAAUUCAACCGACUCCAUUGUCUGAGGAAAAAAGACAGCGGGUUAUUGAGCAUGUUCAGAGAAUUAUCAGAGGACAUUAUGGGACUGAGGUCUUUGCAUUUGGUUCUGUGCCUUUGGGAACGUAUAUCCCUGAUGGAGAUAUUGAUUUGACAAUCCUUUGCUAUAAUGAUGAGGAAGAAGCUUUUGCCGUAGAGAUUUGCAAAUUUCUGGAAAAUAGACGGAGGGAUCCAGACUUCCAAAUAAAGGACAUCCUUUACAUUAAUGCUCAGGUAAAGAUCGUAAAAUUCUGUAUGGAGAGCAUAGCAGUGGAUAUAACUUUCAACCAGCAUGCUGGGCUGAGUACUCUUUGCUUUCUGGAGCAGGUUGAUGAACUAAUGGGGAAAGAUCAUCUUUUCAAACGAAGUGUUAUCUUGAUCAAAGCCUGGUGUUUCUAUGAGAGCCGAAUUCUUGGUGCUCACCAUGGCCUAAUUUCAGCAUAUGGGUUGGAAAUGAUGGUCUUGUACAUCAUCAAUCGCUUCCAUUCAUCUUUGAAUGGUCCUUUAGGGGUAUUAUACAGGUUUCUGGACUACUACAGCACAUUCAACUGGGACACUUUCUGUGUGAGUGUAUAUGGUCCUAUUGCAGUAAGUUCGCUCCCAAUACUUGAACAAGAGCUGCCAGAGAAUGAUGGUAGUACUCUACUUCUUGGUAAGGAAUUUUUCAGAAACUGCAAGGCAAUGUUUUCUGGCCCAACUAAUGCACUCGAGACAAGAGCUCCGGGAUUUCCUGUUAAGCACCUAAAUAUUCUGGAUCCUUUGAAGGACAACAACAAUCUAGGGCGUAGUGUGAAUAAAGCCAAUUUCUAUCGGAUGAGAUGGGCACUUGCUUAUGGGGCCCAAAAGCUUGGUGAGAUUCUCAUGCUACCUGGAGAGAGAUUGCUCGAAGGGAUAGAGAGUUUCUUUCAGAAUACUCUGGAUAGAAAUGGAAGAGGGGUGAGGCCAGACCUAGAACUUCCAGUUUCUGCAUUUGGCACUGGGAAUGUUGAAGUAGCUGAUCUGGCUGGAGAUUUUCCGAGUUACUAUAACAAUUUAGUUUGUAGUCAGUGGCAUUACGAGUGCAACUUAUUUGCAGAUGAGCUGAAUACUCCACUAUCAUCCCAAGUUCAGAACAACAGUACAUUGGAUGCGCUACAGCGAUUCCCAAGUCGCAAUCGAGCUUCACUCUUUCGAAAAGGCACAGAUGUUUUCUUCCCAAAGCCUCUCAACUGCUAUGAAAGUACUCAUGGGCUAUCUGCUGCCCUGUUGGAGACUGAAGAAAACGUAAACAAACGUGCGAAGAAUCCUCCUAACCGUGCAACAGGUCCUGUCAACCACCGUGCUAUGAGCCAUCGGUUUGACAGAAGAAUGCGGCAACGGACUAGGCCGAUGAGUCCCAGAUCUACUGUCCAGGAUUCAGAAGCAAAAACAACUGAGAUGGAAAAUAGGGAUCAGUUUCUGGUGAUGGAUGGGGUUGAAAAUUGUCUGAACUCUACAGCAAUUCAGAUGGAAAAUGAAGACGCCAGGGAAACUGAGAACUGUCUCGAUCUUUCACUCGAGGCUUUCCCGCUUCUUCCCUGCCAUGAGAAGUCGACGCCAGAUACCUUUAGGUUUGGUACUUACGAGUGCCCUGGACUGGGUCAGUCAGGUCAUUUCGCUGGGGAGUCAUCAAGGAGUGUGCCAAUGACGGAUGUUAAGGAGCAGCCAGAUUCAUCACUGGAGAGCACGACUCUGACUGAAGUUGUCCAGUGCGGCGAUGAGGACUUUCCGCCACUGCCCCGGUGAUGGAUUGUUGAGCAUAUAGGUGAUAUGAGACGUUUGCUGAACAAAGGGAGUUCUAUAUCUUGAGCCUGAACUUAACUUUAUUUACCUAUCUCAUGCCCGGUUCUGAUUUAGACAACCGGAUCUAGUUCUUUUCUUUUUCUCCAAAGACAUGAACAAACCAUCUUAGGAAUGAGCCGAGCUGCAAAUGCUGCAAAUGGCGUGCGGAUGUUUUGUGCUCCCAACAAAUUAUUGGCGAGUGGAGGAUAAUUGUCUGAGAAACUUUUUUUACUUGGUGAUGAACUUGAGACAAUUUGUUUCUGGUUUCUGCGACUGGCCUUUAUUGGAACUAAUGAUGCUAUCUAA